GCAUCCUUCGUUACGAUUGGUUAGCGUACCACUACGUUAGCUCUGAUUGGUUAAUAUAGUAACUCUAUUAACCAUUCCCGGUGUAGGAGGCGCGGUUGUCAUAAAACGGGUGGGGAAAAGCAUCAGUGACAACGCCGUCCUCCAAUAGGACCUUACGAGGGAAAGUCUCAGUCUGUAGCGUUUACUCGUCUUACUAAGAAGGUUUAAAAACUUAAAGCAGCUACAGCAAUGGAAAGGAACCGAGUCAAAAUGCCUGUCUGACAUUCAGAAACAUAUAAGAUGCCCGGCUUCGUGUCCUGCCCCAGAGGUCUAAUAUUGAUUGGGAUCCUCAUUUUCUCCUGCGUCCACAUCAACUCUGAGAUCUUGAGCAAUGAAGUUUCAGACGUACAGUUUGGCUUUCUGGGUUCCACCGUGACGCUGACCUGCAGAGACUCUCACCCAGGUUUUGGCAGGUUUGUGGUGUGGAGACAUAACGGGAGCUUAGUGAAGACGAGGCAGACUCACUCCUCAGACGGCACUCUGACUCUCACCAACACCACACGCAGCAUGGAGGGUAACUACAGCUGCCACGAGCCCAGGGAACGAGUCUUACUGCAGAGCAUCACACUGCGGCUGGGCUACGCCCCAGAAUAUCUGAUCGUUUCCUGUAAACUGCCAAGUCACUUCAAAAUUCUGUGCACGUGGACACAAAGAGUGAGGACACACUUACCCACAAAGUACAUCUCCUCCUACAGUGUGGAUAACAACAGGCCGGAACCCUGUGAACAAGAGUCAAUGGAUGUGAACGAGUGCGUCAUCAGAGACCCCAUGUUAUGGGCCAGCAAACACCUGGUGAACAUCACGGAAGUGAAUCCGCUCGGCUCCAAAUCCACCAUUGCUUACGUGGACAUCAACAAGAACUUAAAGCCUGAUGCUCCAGAGGAGUUGAUCUGGGAGCAAGUGAAUGACGAGCCCACGCAGCUUUUCGUACGGUGGAAGCCGCCCACCUCGUGGCCCUCAGACAUAUCCGUCGCCUUUCCACUGAAGUUCGAGCUGCAGUACAAACCUGUCGGCUCCAAAUUCUGGUCCAAGAUGGAGACUGAGGACACGAGUAUGGUGAUCAUGGACGCCCUGAUGGGUCACUUACACCACAUCAGAGUACGAGCUCAGGAUGCUUUCAUUAACCACAGCCAGUGGAGUGAAUGGAGUCAGGUGGUGCAGGCCCAGCCCUGGAGCGACCCUUCCAUGAUUCCCGAAGCCACCACAGAUAAUGUUUUCGAGCCAAUCUUCCCGUCCACGUUUCCAGUGAAGGCAACAGAGAAGUCUGCAGAUCCAUCAUUUGAAGAAAAUGGAAGUCAGGUCUUGAUCAUCCUUGGUUUAUUGGCGGCAGUGAUGGUGGUGGUUGUGUUCACUAUCACAGUCCUACUAUGUGUGAGGAACAGGAGGCGGGGCAAUGUGACAAAACAGGAAUUAACCUCAAUGGUGAAGAUGAAGUCCUUGCUAAUCUAAAAUGUUCAGGUUGGCCUCGUCUUUUUCAGCCCUCAUAGGGCUUCAUCAUAGGGAGUCAUGGCCACUGCCACUGCAGCGCUACAUGUCCACAUUACAAUACCCAGUUUCACUUUUGUCCUAUCGCUGCUUGGGGAAUUGGCUCCUUUCAGCGGAGUUCUGAAUCCCAGAAACUGUGAACCCUUCCAGCUUUACCCUUCUAAUGUAGCACAACUUAAAACAACACCACACAGUUACUGGCUUUCAUUGUUUGACGUGCAGUGCAAACUUUGCCAGCUUUGGACCAGGACAUUUUAACUCGACGUGUCUGCACUUAUCUGUCGCUUCAGUUUUUCCGCACAGACUCGUGCCAUUUGGCUGCGGUGACACUUGGAACGCUGUGAAGAAAGAAAAUAUAAGCAGUUAUGGGUCGUGUUUUGGGCAUUAAGAAUAAAGUUGGCAUUCUCUACAUUUCAAUGCAAGGGACAGAGCUCCCAAACCUGAACAUAGCUGCUAUAUGCGGAGGCAUUCUGCAGCCCGUCGACUGAGGAAAGACAAGCAUUUCAAGAGUUUCUAUUCUGUUCACAUUAAGAUGAAGAUUUCUGCGUCACGUCAUUUCUUCAGUCUUCAAAGCCUUAUCGUUCUUAUAAAAAAAAAUAAUCACAGGCUUGAUUUGAUUUGGACCCAAAGUUGCCUUUGAUAUCUAAUAACUUCAGCAAGAAACCUGAAUCUGUUAUUUUAUUGUCGUAGGCAGAGCCAAUAAUAACCAUCCUCUUGACCUCUUGGGCAGUACGUUGGCAUCCUACAGACCACACAACAUACUGGCACUCUGAUUCAGUGUGGUUAAUAGUUUUUACUUACCUCUUGUUUUGGGAAAAUGAGUUUUCACCCAGCGUGGAAACAGAAAGUGAACGUAACUACUUGGCCUUAUAUUAAUACACCCACUCAGGACAUAACCACAGCCAGAACAGGACCAGCUUCAAGUUUCUAGUGAGUCAGUGGACUGCGCUGUACUGUACUUUUCAGUACGUUCACUUUUCACGUGGAAAUCCGAUCAGCUUGGUGGUCUGCUGAUGGUUCGCUUAGAUGCUGAUUAGCAUUUAAUGUGCAUGAACUAAGGCAGCAGAAUCAGUUGCAGCUCAUGUUUUUUUUUUUUUGUUUGUUUGUUUAACCCGUGUUCAUACUGGCAAAUGACGACGUGACCAGAACCUUUGAAGAUCUACGACAUGAAAACAUGCCAUCUUUAGAUUCAAACCGUCAACAUUAAAUUUAGAUUUAAAUCCAUUUCAUGCUGAAUAGUUCUGAUGUGAUCAACUGGUACCAGUCAGUUGAGUGUGGAGCAGUCGUCUGGCUCUGGUUGGGUGUGUGCUCUCUUCACAAAUCCAGUGUCUAUCUUCAUGCCUUUCUUUUUGAGUUAACAGGAUUGGGGGGGGUCCUCUUAACCAUCACAGAAGUGGACAUACAGUAUCAGUACCCUGGGUGCCUGGGAUGAGCAUUAUUUUUCCACCAUUAUUGUUUUUUUUUUUUAAUUACAUUUUUAUUCCUAGGAUGGAUGAGUAGGUUCAAUAACCAGAAAAAGAGAUUUCACUUCCUGUUGACUUUUAACAACAGUUUUCACAUAGUAGAAACGUGCAUGCUGCUCUACACACACCGGCCCAAGGUGCCGCAACCUGGCACUUUUUACUAGGUGGAUUAAUUAAACAGCUGAGAGGUUAUCAAACACUGCUGAGCCCACGCAAUUAAAUAAAAUGCCAGCGCAACACGUGUAACAUCUUACAGUUAACCACAUCGAGCUGUUAGUCUGAAGCCAGACUUGGUGUAUUAUCUAAUAUAUCCAUCACCACACUUGUCCAUUAAUCCAUUGUAAUAUUCUGCGAGGGUGCUUUCCAGUUUCCAUUUAAAACACACACACACGUCUACUACUUUGGCCUGAAUCCUUGUUUGCCUUAACACGGACACACUGGCUUUAUUUGCACAGGAUGACAAAAAAUUCACAGCAUUUCCCCAACUGGUCCACCCAUAAAAAAAGCAAAAGACUUUCUAAAUUCAAGCUAAAGCAUAUUCCUGUAUAUGCAAAUUUUAUAUGCAUAUUGUUUCUGUAUUAAAGCUUACAUUUACUGUUUUAUUAAUAUAGAUUUAUCGUAGGGUAUAUUAUUCUAUAAAAAUCUCUAUUAAAUAUAUGGAUUGUUUUUUUUUGUUUGUUUUUUUGUUUUUUUGUUUAUAACCAUUUCCAGUGUCAUAAAGCUUAAACAGUGCAUGUGUGCUUUCUGUGUCGCUUCCUUUACAUGUGUCCAUAAUAAGCACUAAUAUACUUACAGUUUUCACUGUGCAGAUUCACUAUUGUGAUGUAUCAAAUGAACUUUUUUCUAUGUAAUGUGUGGGGUUUAUUUCCUGUCAGGGUUUUAGGCGUUAUAUUUAACAUCGUCCUUUGUUGUAAGGCUUUAAAAGCGACACGCACACAGUCUUCUGAAUAGUUUUGGAUGCGCUCUAGUGAAUUGUGUUAUUUCUGCUGGACAUUUCUGUUUCACAAUGAAACACCACGGCGCAGAGACAAGGAUGGCUCAGUGGUUAGUUAUCGAUAGGGAAAUGGAACGAGUUGCAGUUCCCGAGGCGUUUAGGAAUACUCCAAAUCUCCUUACUCUGAUCGAUUCCCAGGUCAUGGGAUAAAGAAUGUCUUUCAUUAGGGACACGUCAGCUUCACUUCUCAGUGAAGAUACUCUCUCUCGCUUCUGUCUCUGUUGUAAAGUCGCUUUGGAUAAAAGCCUCAAACAAAUGAUGGAAUGUAAAUACAGGUGCUUGCUAUGUUUAAGCUUGAGCUCUGAAUCCUUCAGCUCCAAAAAAAAAAGAAAAAAGACUGACAUGCAAAAUGGACAUGCUCUAAGAAACAUUUUUGAAUACAAGACUCCAGCUAGAAAGCUUAAAACCGUCCGUAAUAAAUUAGUACAAUUAUUUAAGCGGGAGAUUAACAAAAUAACAAAACAAAAAUGUCUUUUUUUUUUUCUUCCAACGAUUCAAACCGUUGAACAAUGAAGACUGGAAAAUAAAAUAUUUCUCCAAACGUAGAAUUUAGUCUCAUUCACCACAUCACCAGUUAUACUAAUGUUGCGAAAUAAUACAUUUUUCGAUAAUUGUUAAUUAGGUUUUGAUUGUGACACAGCCACCAGAUAUUUCCUUAGAGAAACAAUAACCUGAGCUGUGAAUUACAUCCAGCUUAACAGUCAGAGCUGAAAUGACAGAAACUUAACCAAAUACAGUACACUGAAAAUGCAGUCUCAGCUAGUUUAGAAGCCAGAUUCUGUGCGUAUGCUAGCAGUUCUGGGAUUUGACCUCGCAUUGCUCUCAUCCUUAACCACAGAGCCAUCAUGUCUUGUGAGGCAGCUGAGCUGAAGAAGUAGUCAGAUGAUGAGUGGGAUAUUAGAUAUGUUCAGACAUUAACAGACUGAUCGGACCGGGGUUAAUUCGGUGUGUAAUCCCACCUUGUCGUCUGCAGUCUUUCACUCGACCACUUUAAAGUCGCACUUUAAAUCAUUGAGCUUGACUGGGAAGCGAGAGAGUGAAGCGUGGAAAGGAAACAAGGACGUGUUUUUACUUUGGAUAAAACUCAUCUGCCAAAUUCAUGCCUCUGCAAUCCAGCGUAUAUGUAUGAUUUAUAGUGUGUCUCAAAAAUGAUGAGGGCCACUUUAUGCUGACUGUAACCACGUUAUCCAGUUCAAUCACUAAUCAGUGCUUUUGGAGUAUUCCUAACCAAACUUUACCUGGUUAGUCCUCAGUACUGUACCUUACAUCUUUGUAGCUCUCUACAGGAGUUCAUUUACAUUUACGGCAUUUCACAGACACCCUUAUCCAGAGUGACUUAAAUUCAUCUUAAUUAAACAGCUGAGCAAUUGAGGCAUAAGGGCCUUGCUCGGGGGCCACCAGCAGCAGCUUGGAGGCCUUGGGGUUCGAGCUCAUGACCUUCUGAUCAGUAGUCCAACAUCUUAAGCACUGAUCUGAGCUAACACAUCCCCAGAAGGGAAAACCUUUGUGUCUUCAAGUAAUGAAUUAAUUUCAAGCUGGCGAUGAUGAGAUGUUAGGAAUAAAACCACUGUGUUAUCUGUACAAUUAUAAACUGAUGGAUGUCACACAGCAGUUGACGAAUGCUUCAGAGAAAAUUAGUUAAAAAAGGUUUAAUCUUCUUUUCCGUAUAAGACCUUCUGUGUUAAACCAUUAAUAUUUAUUUAAUACCUGCUGUCAUUUGGACAGCCCUGAUAGACUGUGAUAUGGUAACCAUGACUACGCUCACUAAUACAGCAGUAACAGCUCAGUGGUUAAGAUGCUGAAUUACUGAUGAGAAGGUUGUGAGUUCAAAUCCCAAUGUUACCAAGCUGCCAUAAUUGGGUCAGUGAGCAAGCUGCUUAAAUUUAUAAAUGCUGCCAAAUGUUGUAAAUAAAAGCCCACGCUGAUGUGCAGUGUGUCUGGAUACACAGGAAAACUCACACGCCAUAGCUGCUGCUCUGGAACAACAGCACCACGACUCACCUCUCGUUCCCCAAACAUGGAUCAGGAUCCUCAAGCCUUGUGCAUGUCUUGACUUGCUUGGUUUGAUUUGAAGCGUGACUUUGAAGCUUUUUUGUUGUUGUUGUUUUGGCACCUGAUUCUGUUUUUGAUGGGUUUGUGCUUCUCCGUCAACCUAAACAUUCAAAUUAAGAUUGAUGUGAAUCGUUUCACUAUAGUAACAUUUCACAGUAAACUGUGUCAGAUCCUUUCCCUUGGCAUUCUUACAGAACCUGAGCUUAAGUGUCGUCACCUUUAACGUUUAGUCUUUAGUGCUUUUGUAGUGUUAUGGCUUGCUUUGUGUGUGAUGACACGAUAAACUCUUGAAGCGCAGGUGGUGAAAACAAAGACGAUGAGAAAUGUAUGUAUAGUAUAUUCUGCUUUUGUGUACAAUAUAAGCUGGUGUAUUACUCGUUGGUUUAUAUUCUUGUGAAAUAAAGUUAUUUUAUCACAA